AUGGUCAACAAAGCGCUUAACUUGAAACAAGUAAGUAAACGAGCUAAAAUAUAAUACAAUAAUAUAAAUCGAUUAAAACUUAGUAAUGUUUACAUUAAGCAUAUUGUAGGUUUUUAAUUGUAAACAAAUGUUCUGUAAAAAGGUACUAAAAGUUAUUUAUUUUAUUAUAAUAGAAUAAACUCUAUUUACAUAUUGAUUUAGAAAAGACCUAAAAGCAAUUAUUUCAUAGUUAAUUAACAUGUUAAUUUAUUCACCUCUGAUCAAUCCACUACCAACUUCACCACUACUGGCGACUUUGCUGAUAGCAAAGUUAUUCUUACUUUCACUGUUAACUCACAAACCACCCCAAUUCUCUCAUUCCUGACCUCUCUUUUCUUACCAUGCCAGGUGACUCUAGUCAUCGUUUGAAGCGCAAUUUGUGCUGUGGUUUACUAGCCAACUAGUCGCAGAUCUCAUAUCAUGUAGUUCCGUUAACUAAUGGUUUUUUUCUAUUAAGCUAUUCCUGGUUGUUAACUUAAUCAAAUGCAUUUAUUGUAAAAAUUAUUUAUUUGCAGAUUGUAUAAUUAAAAUUGAUUGAUGAAAAAAGAAAAAAAUUAACAUGUAAAUAUAUCUAAAAACAUAAGUAGGCAUAUAGGUUGGAAAUAUUUAUUACCUACCUAUAUUUAUUAUUUAUCUAAAUUGUCAAUAAUUCCUAUUUAAAUAGGCCUAUUACUUAUUUAAUUUAAUACCUAAUUUCUGCAAUACUUAUUGCUCAUUCUAAUGUUUAUUAAUAUUAGGUACCUAUUAUGUAUAAUUUUUCUAUAAAUUAUGUAUUAAAUUAAAUUUAUUAAUUAUGAUUUAUUUGUAUAUCUGUGUACCAUAAAUUAUUUCAAAUAAGUAAAUUAUGGUUUUUAGAUAUUUUUUAACUUAAUAUCAACAAUACUGGGCAUUUCCAAUGCGUAACCUCCCUAUCAAUAAGAUUCUUUAUUAUUUUUGUCACAUAAAAACCUACACAUUGUACUUAGUUGUAUAGAUUGUAGAUUCAUAUAUUUUAUAGAAAAAAAUAAAAAAAAGAAUUACAAGCAAACCUUAUAAUAUAAUAGAUAGUUGAUGAAACAAUUAUAUAUAUAUAUAUGUCACAAUUUUAUUUAAACAAAUUUCCCUCGAUACAGUAUAUAGAUUCAAUAUUAAUAUACAUAGUUUGGUAUACUGAUUUUAUAAGUAUAAGAACUUAUUAAUUUUAAGUAGAUACUUAAUUCUUAUUUAAUUUUACCCAAAUUUUAAUACUCAAUUAAAAUAUUUUAUAUGUUUAUCUUUUAGUUUAUGCUACGUCAGAAAUCAUUGAGACUAUAUAGAGAAUUUUUGAAAACAAUAAAAAACAUACCGUUAGAAAGUGAUAGACAACAAUUUUUCAAUUGGGUUAAUGAAGAUUUUAAAAAACACAAACUUGAAACUGAUGAGGUAUAGUUAAUUUGUUUUAUUAAUAAGUCAAAAUUCUUUAACUUAAGUCCAUAAAAUGAUGAAUUGUUUAUGAAACUAAUAAUUUAUUCAACUAAUUAAUAUAAUUUGAUAAUAUUUAAUAUUUUUAUUUUUUCAGUAUUGUAUAAAAAGUUUACAAAAACGUGGUGAAAAGUCAUUGAAUGAUCUAAAACUCAAUUUAGCUCUAAGUAGUCCCAAAACAUUGUGA